AUGUCCGAACCGUCUAAAGAAGAGCUUCUUGCCAAAAUAGCGCAGUUGGAAUUUGAAAAUAAUCAACUUAAACAACAACAACAUGGUUUAAAAUCCAAGAAUGAACAGUUUUGUAAAAUCGAUGAGAAUUUUAGUCUUGAUGAGUAUAAACGAUAUGGAAGGCAGAUGAUUGUACCUCAAUUUGGCUCCUUAGAAUCGCAGAUUAAAUUGAAAAACUCUAAAGUGUUGGUUGUUGGAGCUGGAGGGUUAGGCUCUCCUGCCUUGUUGUACUUAUCUUCUGCUGGGAUAGGAACGAUUGGAAUUAUCGAUCACGAUACAGUUGAUACCAGUAAUUUGCACAGACAAGUGAUACACAACACAGAAAUGGUAGGCGAGUUCAAGUGUAUAUCUGCACAGAAUUAUAUUAAAAAGCUUAAUCCACACGUUAUUGUUGAUGUUUAUCCUACGACAUUGAGCAACGAUAAUGCGUUUGACAUUAUUCUGCAAUAUGAUUUGGUGUUGGAUUGUACCGAUCAUCCAGCUGUGAGGUAUCUUAUAAAUGAUGUGUGUGUUUUAUUAGGAAAAACCAUUGUUAGUGGCUCUGGGUUGAAAUCUGAUGGGCAGUUAACAGUUUUGAAUUUUGCAAAUAGUGGUCCUUGCUAUAGAUGCUUCUACCCGCAACCACCAUCACCUGCUUCAGUCACAUCAUGUUCUGAUGGUGGUGUAAUCGGCCCAGCAAUAGGCUUAGUUGGUGUUGCUAUGGCGGUAGAGACAAUAAAGAUCAUAACAGGGUAUUACACCAAAGACAAUUUUGUUCCCUUUCUCACAUCGUAUUCAGGUUAUCCUCAGCAACAGUUGCGUGCAUUUAAAAUGAGAAAGAGACAAAAAGAUUGUGCUGUAUGUGGAGAGAAUCCCCAGAUAUCCAGACGCAUCAUCGAAGAUGGCACCAUAAAUUAUAAAACAUUCUGUGGAAGAGUGACUUUUGACCCUAUUGAUGACAAGUUUAGAAUUUCGCCAAAAGACUACGAUAGAGUUGUUCAAAAUAAGCAAAGACAUAUAUUACUUGAUGUUAGACCACGCGAACAAUUUCAAAUUACUCAUUUACCAAAUGCAAUUAACGUGCAAUGGGACCCUGUAUUCAGAAAGGCUGAUACCAUUCAACAAUAUUUACCAGAGGAUUCCACCAAAGAUAAUGAGAUUUAUGUUGUUUGCCGGUUCGGGAAUGAUUCCCAGUUAGCUGCUAAAAAGCUUCUAGAUUUGGGUUAUUCGAAUGUGAGAGAUAUAAUCGGUGGUUUAGAUAAAUGGAGCGAUGAUGUGGAUUCGAAGAUUCCAAAAUAUUAG